AUGACUUUCUAACUUAUAGGGGCAAAAUUGAUAUCAGCAGAAGAUUAUAACUUAAUUAAUGAUAAUUGGUGUGUUUUAAGAGGAAAUAAAGUGACUAAUAAUAAUUAUUUAGGAGAAGGUUAUCUUGGAGGAUUAAAUGCGUUCAAAUAGGAUACAUUACUACAAAAUUAUUAUAAUCUGCCGCCUCAUUCUUAAGUAACUAUUUAGAUAAAAGCAAUAUUCUCUUGUAUAUAAUCUUUUCAUGCUUACUUGGAUGACGCAAUAUAAACGAUUGAUAACAGUUCGUUUUCCACAUCUUAACCUUCUUAUUUAGUAGUAGCUAGCUACUUUCACUCCAGCAAAUCUGCAUUUUUUUCUCUGAAUGUUACUGAGGAUACAAGAUGUCCUAAUAAUGAUAUAUGGUGGGGUGUUUUUGCAAUAGAAAUCCAAGUUUAAGAUUGUUAAGAAAAUAAUGAUUAUUGUUAACCAGGAUCAAAUAUUUUAUGGAAAAUCCUAAAUUCAAACCUGAAUUUCAAACCUAUGGAUUGGAAUUAUCAAGGAGGACCUGGGUCAAUUAACUCGUACACUUUUACUUUUAGUGAUUUUUAGAUAGAAUCUCUUCAUUAUAGUAAUAUCAAGCUUUAAAAAUAUUUCCAAAUACCAUAUCCAACUAAAGUCAAAUUCAAAUUCAAGCUCCUUUUUUACAAUAUUCCCUCUUCAAUAAAAAUACACAUAAAUGAUCUUAUAGUAGGGCCAAUAAUUAAAUGUUUUUAAUACAAUUUUGGUUGCAAUAAUGGUGGCUCUCAGAUGAUUUACAACUUAGAAAUAGAUAUUCACCAGCAUAAAAGUGAUAUAUUAUCUUUCGUUAUACUGUUGUAAGAAAAUUCUGGGAGUAAUUAGGUAAGUAUAUUUGAUUUCGUUGUAUAUUAUUAAGAAUAAUACAUUGUACAGCUUCCAAGUUUGGGAUGCCUAAAUUGGAUAGGAUCAUAAUGUGUUUCUUGCGAAUAAGAUUGGUAAUACGAUGGUUUGAAUUAAUGCAGCCCAAUUUGUGGUAACGGAAUAAUAUAAGGAUAUGAAGAAUGUGAUGAUGGAAAUGGAACUUCUAAUGAUAGUUGUUAUAACUGUAAAUUUCAAUGUUCGCUAGGUUGCUUAAAAUGUAAAUUUGGGGAAUGUUUAUAAUGGUCCGAUUCUUAUAAUCUAGAUUAGUAUAAUACUAUUUCAAAGAUAUAAGAUUGUAGCCAUGCUUAGGGUUACUAUUUUGAUUACUUAUUAAAUGAGUGUUUAUCUAUCUGUGGUGAUGGUAUUAUAACAUUAAAAGAGGAAUGUGAUGAUGGUAAUACCUUAUUAAAUGACGGAUGUUAUAAUUGUUAAUUGAUAUGUUCUGAUAACUGUUUAGAUUGUUAAUUUGGAAAAUGUUAUCAAUGUAAUUAAGGAUAUAAAAUAAAAUAAUUCAAAUGUAUUUCAGAUUGUGGAGAUCAAAUAACUAAUAUUGAUGAAACAUGUGACGAUGGAAAUAACAUUAGAUUUGAUGGAUGCCAUCAAUGUUAAAGCAGCUGCUAAUUAUAAUGCAUGGACUGUUAAAAUUUUUACUGCAUUAAAUGUUUAUAAGGUUGGAAUCUAAUUAACGGUAAAUGCGAAGAACAAUGUGGAGAUGGGCAAGUGGCUCUAAUGUCUAAUGAAUAAUGUGAUGAUCCCACUAAUACCAAGUGCAUUGAUUGUUUAUUUUAAUAAUGUCAAGAUAAUUGCCUAGUAUGUAAUUAACAUCAGUGUGUCACUUGCUUUUUUCCAUAUCAAUUGAUCAAUGGUGUUUGUUAACCCAUAUGUGGUGAUUCGAUUGUUACAAUUGAAUUCGAGCAAUGCGACGAUGGUAAUGAUAUCCCUUUUGAUGGAUGUCAUUAAUGUCAGUAUUCUUGCUAAUAUGGAUGUUAAUAAUGCGAACAGGACAAUAUUUGUACAUAGUGUGAAUAAAAUUUAUUUUAUAUGGAUAUCUAAACUGGUAAGUGUAAAGAAAUUGUUAAAUUAACAGAUAAUGAAAUGUUUUCAUUGAAUGAGACUAAUAAUCAAACUAUUUAAUGCAAUCCAAAUUAUUUAUUAAUUGAAAAUACUUGUGUUAAUUAAUGUGGAAAUGGAAUGCUAAGUAGCCCUUAUGAAGAAUGCGAUGAUGGUAAUAACUAUGGAGGUGAUGGUUGUUCUUCGUUAUGCAAUCUUGAAAAUUUCUUUUAAUGUCAAAAUGGCGAAAACUUAUUAUCAAUAUGCUCGUUUAUACAACCCCCUGAUUUCAACUUAAAUAGUCUUUCUGAUAAAAAAAAUCAAAUUUAAAUUGUUGAAUUCACUUUCACUCAAUAAGUUAAAUUAAAUUCUCCAUCUAAUUUAGAAGACAUUGCAAUUCUCAGGAUAACUCCAUAAGUGCAACAUGAUCUAAGUAUCAUUCCUAAAGAAAAUCUGACAACUUAUUUGAAUAACCCUGCAUAUCAGAUCAUUAUUUAAUUUUAUAACUCUAUAGAAAAUCCAAAGCUGGAGAUUGAGAUUUCUAAAUUUGUCAUAACUAAUUAGUUUGAUUUAGAAUUAUUAAACUUUAAUAAGAUUAUAAAUCUGGGUACUCCUUUUGUAAUGUCAAAAUCAACAAAACAAUAGGUAACGUCAGUUGUAAAAUUCAAUGAUGCUAUGAUUUAUUCUAUGGUAAGCAUUGCAGGUUUAGCUAUGGUAACAGGAAACGUGUUGAUGCUUCUGAAUCUUUUAGAACUGUUGUAAUCUUUAUCAUAUAUUCGAUAUAUGCAAUAUCAGUUUCCACCAAAUUUAAGAGAGUUUCUUGAGACAUACACUAAGGUCUCUAUGUAACCCAUAUUAGAUUAUUUUCAAGUUGAUAAACUAAUUGCACAACUAAACGGUGGUUUCUUACCAUAUAAAAGAAAAGAUUCAUCAAAAUAAAGCUCAAACUUUGAAUUAAAUUAAAUUUAUAUUAUGAAUGCCAAGAGCUGUUACUUUUCUCUCUUGGCUUCAUCCAUUACAUAUGUAAUUUACUCUAUACUAGCUUCAGAAUAUGUAAAUGUAAAAUUGUUCAAAAUUUACUCAAAGUAGAUGGAAAAAAUGAAUUAUUUGAAAUAUAUAAAGAUAUUUCAAUCAAAGAUUUAGUAACAAUGUCAAAAAAUGAAAAAUAACUACUUUUCAUAAGGAAUAUUUUAACUCUAUUUUACAAUACUGCAUCAAUUAGCAUUUAGUGCAUUUUUACAGUUUCCAGAUUACACCUUCGAAACUCUAUUUGAAUCUCUUAAUUCUUUGAAUGCGAUGCUUGGAUUGUUAUUGAUAAUAUUUGUCUCCUUUAAAGUACUCUCAAUUACAUCAUCCCCAAUUAGAAACAUGUCUAGAUGGAAAUAUUUCUAUUUAGGAUCUCGAUGUUAAUAUUGGUCACUUCAUUACAAGUCCUUGUAGAUACUUAAAGUUAAGUUUUAUAUUUUUGUUAUUGUAAUCUGCAUGAAUUAUCCAGAAAUUCAAUCAAUCCUAUUGUCAAUGCAAUCAUUAUGCUAUUUGAUUUACUUAUUCAAAUUUAGACCCAUUACUUCAAACUUUGAUUUAGUUAAACUGAUGAUCAGGGAAUCCUUUUUAAUGGCAAUAUUCUGCUCAUUCUUGCUAUAUAGUUUGGAUUCGACCAAUGAUUAACAGUUACUUUAUGGAUGGAUGCAUAUCAUCCUAUUUUCGAUUAUAUUGUCUACAAGUCUAGUAGCGGAUAUGAUAGAAUACUGUUAUAAGUUGUAUUAAAAAUAUCUAAAAAAGAAAAUGAAAGAAUUAGAAAAAGAAAAUAAUAAAUAUUAUGAUAACCCACUCUAAAGAUUUAUAUUGAUUGAGUAGCAAAAUAUUGUGAUUUGA